AUGAAGCUGUAUUCAAUUUCUAUUCUUCGGUUUGACCCAAAGCCAGUUCAGUUGCUAUGUACAGCUUCAGAUCUUUCGAGCUUCUCCUUCUUUCAGAGGUCUACUGUUGGAGAGUUCAUGACAUUUUUUACGAAGACGGUGACGGAAAGAACUAGCCCUGGACAAAGACAAGACGUUGAAGAAUCAGACUAUGUAUUUCAUGUUUAUAAUCGUUCAGAUGGUUUGUGUGGUGUCAUUGCAAGCGACAAAGAAUAUCCUUUGCGAGUCGCAUACACUUUGUUGAAUAAAUUAUUAGAUGAGUUUGUUACAAAAAACCCUCGUCAAAAAUGGGAGUCUGGUGCAGUUACCCUUCCAUUCCCAGAGCUCGAUACGUACUUAUCAAAAUACCAGGAUCCGAAACAGGCAGACACAAUUAUGCGUGUGCAGCAAGAAUUGGAUGAGACAAAGGAUGUGCUUCAUAGAACCAUUGAAAGUGUUUUAGCUCGUGGUGAGAAACUGGAUGAUUUGAUUGCUCGUAGCGACAAUUUGUCUAGUCAAUCUCGUAUGUUUUACAAGUCUGCAAAGAAACAAAAUUCAUGUUGUCUUAUCCAGUAA